AUGGCUUUCAACACAGGCUCCUCCUUCGGGGGGUUUGGCACGGGGAAUCAACAGCAGGGAACUGGAUUCGGAUCCGGAACAGGAUUCGGAAGCCCUUCAACCGGAACUGGCUUCGGAACAACUUCGUCUCCAUUCGGCGGCACAGGAAGUACAGGCAGCGCCUUUGGAAGCACUUCUGGUGGCUUCGGUUCAGGAGGAGGAUUCGGUUCCACCACUUCGCAGUCGAAUCCUAUAUUCGGAUCGCAAAAUAAAGGAUUUGGUUCAGGCACAACAUCCACUGGUGGCAAUAUCUUUGGGUCGACCAGCACACCCAGUAUGACGUUCGGCACUCCAGGCUUUGGAAGUGGAGGAACAGGGUUUGGCGGCACUGGCACUGGCACCACCGGGACCGGUGUGUUUGGCAGUACUCAACAACAGCCACAGCAAACUGGUUUUGGAAGCGCUGGCCAAGGAAGUUCUAUGUUUGGUGGAGCUUCAAACGCGGGAACUGCAUUUGGGGCAGCAUCUGGCUCUGCGUUUGGCGCCAGCGGUACCGCCCUGGGUGGAGCUGUUCCCCCCGCGGAGGGCACGGCAAAUCCUCCAUUCAGCGCGUACACAGAAAAGGACCAGGGCUCCAGCGUAACAAAUCAUUACCAAACCAUAAGCGCGAUGGCGCCGUAUUCUAAGUACUCCUUUGAGUUGCCGAUUACCAACACGGGCGAAAAUAUGGUACUACCACCGGCCAGACGGGAUUUGGAUCCGCUGCAUUUGGGGCGUUCGGACAACAGCAGCCAAGUACCGGGGGUUUUGGUGUCUCCACAACAACUACCCCUUUUGGAGCAGCUCCAAGUGCCCCCACUGGAUUAA